CUGUCCUACCUGCCAAGUUCGACUACGUGGAUACGCGGUCGUUGAAAUCACCGAGCAACAAGUCGGCAAAAAACACCCCAUUUCCCAGAACCACCCCGCGACAAGUGUCCGUGACAAGUGAAAAUUCCAGUGCCGCCCGCGAUCGACCGUUCCUAAAAAAAUCAGUGAUGGUGUGUGAAGCGCGCUAUGGAAUCUAGGUGUGGAAAACACAAUCGGUGAAUGAUCGGACCGAAAGGGGCCUCCGAGAUGACGGAGUCCACACCCAUUUGCCGCUGCCGGGUUCUGUACCUGGGCAGCUCUGUGCCCCAGCAGACCAAAGAUGGGCUGCAAGGCAUCCAGGAACCCCUGCAGGAACUCUACCCCGACCAGGGAGCCACAGGCGCCCGCGGUAUUGACAGCUGGUUGAGUGUGUGGUCUAACGGGAUCCUGCUGGAAAACGUCGACGAGAACCAUAAGAAGAUUACGAGAUUUUUUCCGAUCGAGAGCUUGCAUUAUUGCGCAGCUGUUAGGUAUGUUCUAGUCCCCGAAAAAAACACCCUUCACAGCCCCAGUCCCCGCUUCCUCCCCCUCGACUCGCCAUUCGCCCGCGCCCCCAAUCCCACCCAUCCUCCCCUCUUCGCCGCCAUAUUGAGAAGAACAACUGGAAUCAAGGUCCUCGAAUGCCAUGCAUUCAUCUGUAAAAGAGAAGUAGCCGCCAACGCCCUCGUCAGAUGCUGCUUCCACGCUUACGCCGAUUCCUCAUACGCCAAACAAGUAGACACCGCUGGCAGCAUAUACGGCACCCUAGCAUCCGAUCGGCUUUCCAGUAAAGAUAAGCUAGACGAAUGGAAAAUGACCCGCUCGACUUCCGGCUCUACCAUGACCAUCAAUACCAUCGGCAACGCCAAAGACGACGUCAGCAUUUACAACGGAGACGAAAAUCACAAAGUGUGGGCGGGGUCUCAGGAUAACCUCGACACGAUCUACGACGUCUACUCCUCCUCCACCAUCAGUCGCCCCUCCCGCCCGCGCCAAAUCACCCAACCGGUGGCGGUCCCGCCCCCUCCAAUCAAAGAAAAGAAGAAGAAGUCGAAGAAGGCGCUCAGCGCGUCGCGGGAGGACCUCUACAACCCCAUGAUGAACGGCAAGGCGAACAGCGUCGCCGGAACUAUGAUGAAGCCCCGCCCACAGGCACCGCCCCAACCAAUGUACAUCGUGGCGCACCCGCAGACCCUCCCCAACCCCAAAUUCUUCAAACAUGGCAACACCUUCUCACAUAGACCCCGAGGGAAAAUGCUAAUCCCGGCACGUCCCAUCCCGCCCCCUUUAGUACCCGUAGCACCGGUCAUCAUCCCCACCACGAUCCCUAAAAACAAGAAAAAGUCAAAGCAUGCUAUGGAGGAACCUAUUUAUAUGCCUAGCAACAGGGCGUUGUCGCCGGUAGCUAGCUACCAGCCGGUCAAUUUUCCUCACGAAGCCUAUUUGAUGCAACAUUAUGCGACGAUGGAGUCGCAAGGAAAGCAAAAACGGAGGGAAAAAGGGAAGCUGAGUAAAAAGUUGGCUCAGAGCAUGAACGGUUUAGACGAUCCGAAUUUGAUGGGCGGAGUUCCGAAUGCGCAAGGCGGGGCAGUGCCGCAGGAGGAGAGUCCGUUCAACACGGGGAUUUAUAGAAAAAAGGGGCAUUUAAAUGAGAGAGCGUUUUCGUAUUCGAUUAGACAGGAGCACAGGAGUCGGAGUUACGGGUCAUUGGCUAAUUUGAAGUUUGCCACGCCUAUACCCAAUGGAGAUGUCGAAGACCGUGAAGACAUGAAGAAAGAGCGCGAGAUCAUGCAGAUGGUCCAGGACUUAGACCUCUCUGGAGACGAGCUCGAGCGUUCCGAAGUUCCCCGAAACAUGUACGAAGCGAGGGGAGGUCCUCCAGGUCCUGUCAUCGUGGCUGCUCCCCAGAUGAACGGCCGCGGUCACCGCAGAUAGGUAGUUGCUACAUAAAUGGCGCAGCAGGUGGGAAGCGCUCGGACGAACGUUAGUUUGCUCAAUUGUACUAUACUAUAUUUAUAACCGGUUAAGGUGGGUAAAGUUAUAAUCAGCAUCACAGUUCAGUUAGACUGAGUCCGGUCUUAUUA